CUGUAUGAUGGAGGAUCUGGCUGUUUUGGACCUGUUGGAGUGUCCUUUGUGUAUGGAGCCUUUAGACGUGUCUGCCAAGGUUUUGCCGUGCCAGCACACGUUUUGUAAAUCAUGCCUUCAGCAGCACGAGGCAUCACACCACCAUCAGAUGUGCUGCCCAGAGUGCAGAACUGCUGUUCCAGGAUCAGUGGAGGAGCUUCCCACCAAUCCGCUGCUAGUGAGACUCCUAGAGAGCCUCCAGGAACGGGUUCCACUGGGCACACCGAGGGACAGAUCCGGCAGAUAUGUGAGCUCUACAGUCCAGGAGAAACUUUUAGGCAGUUACAUUCAAGAUCUGCCCAAACAGGAGCAAGACACACAAGUUCAAGCCCAAGCUUUAUAUGACUUCCAGGGGAAUGCACCUGGGGAGAUCACAAUGAAGUCAGGUGACAUCAUUUAUCUGCGGUGGAAAGUAGAUGAUAACUGGUAUUAUGGGGAAAGCAAAGAGAGCACUGGUCUGCUACCAGUCAACGUGGUGCGAGUCAUAAGUGAGCAGCCGCUGGCCCUCUGCCGAGCACUUUAUGACUUCAAUGCGAACAAUCUGGAUCCAGACGACAGCAAGGAAUGCUUAACCUUCUUCAAGGGAGACAGCAUUACUCUCAUUAAACAAGUCAAUGAAAAUUGGGUCGAAGGUAAACUCGGAGACAAAGUUGGGAUUUUUCCUUUGCAGCUCACAGAGCCGAAUCCGGCGGCGUACGAGCUUCUGGAGAAACGCAAGAGGAGGGACUCAGUGGAAUCGCACCCACGGAGCGCCAUCAGGGUCAACGCAGACGCUUGCGUCCACAGGCGGCUCACUGGAGCGUCCCACAAGUCGGCCAGGCCUCCAAAUGUCAGUCUCCUGAACAGCCUGAACCAUCCUCCUCUCAGCCAGAGCCAGCAGCCAGCUCACAUCAGCUCCACCGCACAGCCUUCCUCCAGCAAGACGCCACAUCUCGGCACGUUUAACAAACCACGUCUGAGGAGCUCUCACAGAAACUUGCCUAAGAGGGACAGGACAAUGAAUGGUGAAAGUCCGCCAGCCAUUACCAUGGCACUGAUUAACCCCCAGUCGUCCCCCGUAUCAUCAGAGAGCAAGAUGUCUGCCACACAGCAGCUCUCCAUCAGUGUGUGUGCAGCGCUGUAUUCCUACACACCCCAUCGCUCUGAGGAGCUGGAACUGAAGAAGGGUGAAAUGGUGGGGGUUUAUGGGAAAUUCAAGGAGGGAUGGUUGCGUGGACUGUCUCUCAGAACAGGCAAAGUAGGGAUCCUGCCGGCCAACUAUGUUACCCCUGUACUCAGAACAUCUGCAAGGUUUCUUGAACAAACCAAACCUGCUGUUCCUAAUACAAGCACAGUAUCAACAAAACGACACACCCCACACAAGCCGCAGGCUGUAGUCCUGGCCCUAGACAGAGUAAACAGCGACUCCCCAUCAGCUACAAUGGCCGUGAUGUCAUCUGCCGGUCCCGGGAGAGCACCGCAGCCGGGUGGAAAGCAGGGAUGGAGCACAGUGAGACGCGCCUUCCAUGCCACACACAGGGGGUCGCCUCACCACGGAAGCUACAAUUCACAUUCCAUCCUAAGCCUUCAGCCUCCUCCUCAGGAUUUGGGACAGAUCUAUACUUUCGGUCGUUCACCCGUUCUUCCCAAAAAGAGAAACGGGCUGUUCUCAAACCCCAUUAAGACGCAGCAUUGGGCGUAUGAAACAACAGCAGCACCCUCUGCUGGUGGAUAUCAGCCGGUCUACAGGGACCCUGUCCAGAAAGAGGCCAGCACAGCUCGUCAGUCCAUUCUGGUUAAACCAGAGGCUCAUAAGCACAAUGCAGAGAAGCCAGUAAAGUCAGUGCGGUUCCUGACUCACGAUGCUCCUCAGGCUCAGACAACAUCAAAAAUGGCGUCCGCCUCAUCUGCAGGACAUAUCUCUGGUUCCCAGUCUGGCCUUUCGGCUCUUGACCACUGGAACCCUUCAGCCAUUUUGGGUCGGGAUGGAAAUACAUUAGUUCUUAAAGACACAAAAACACUUCCAGCCAGGAAGAGCACAGGUCAGGAUCAUGCCACUAUGGACUGCCUCUCACUAAAUAUAAAGCCAGUACUGAUCAGCAACCAGUCUGGCUCUAGUAGAUAUAGGGUAAUGAAGGGGUACAACGCUAAAACAGAUGCAGAGCUCACGCUGACGGAAGGUGAAAUAGUCAUCGUUCAAAGGCCUCGAGCAGACGGAAGGCUUCUGGUGACUCAGGAGAUCAGUGGGAAAACGGGCCUUUUCCACAUCAGCGUUCUGGAAAUACUAGACAAAGUCCUUUGAGAGCCACAGUUUCUUCUGUUGUGUACGUGUUCUCCGACCAGUGCUGUGUUUAGAGUCGAGUCAUUUGAGCCUGUUGUGCAAUAUACCGAAAUUUAAAGCAAUAUUCCUUGUAUAACAUAUGACAGAACACAUCAUUUUUCAUGCACACCCACUUGGCACAAAAACCUGUUGGCUUUUCCUUCGUCAUUAGUCAGUUAUGACUGAAAACUGUGCCUUUUUGUAUGUUGAAUCACUGUUUGCACUUUAGGAUGGGGUGAGAGGUGGGGGAAGGUUGUUAAUUCUGGGAACCAAGUAGCCAAUGAGUCUAUGGCCUGGUUUCACAGACAGGGCUUAGAUUAAGCCAGGAUUAGAUUUUAGCUCAAUUAGGACAUUUAAGUGGCUUUUAUAAACAUGCCUUAGAAAAAAAA